AUAGUACUUCCGGGGUAGUAAGCCAUUUACCCACGAUCAAGCUGUCAGCUGCAGAAGCUUGAAUAACUGAACCAGUACUAAAAUGCCUGGAGCCGACAAAGAGACGGACCUCUCUGAACGUAUCGAGGCGUUCUUAUCGGAGCUGAAGCGAGGUGACAACGGGUCUGGAUCCAUCCAUGGUUCGGGCGAAAUAGCUCGGGAAACAACAGCCCUGCUGCGGCGGAUAACCGCGCAGGCGCGAUGGAGCAGCGCAGGUGAUCUGAUGGAUAUCAUACGAAAAGAAGGCAGGCGAAUGACUGCAGCUCAGCCCUCCGAGACCACGGUGGGUAACAUGGUCCGCCGGGUGCUGAAAAUCAUACGAGAGGAAUAUGCAAGGUCACGGGGGAGCAGCGAGGAAGCAGCACAGCAGGAGUCGCUCCACAAGCUGCUCACAUCCGGGGACUCCAGCGAGGAGAACUUCAGACAGUACUUCCCUCCUCUCAAAGCCAACGUUAUAGAGGCCAUCAACGAGGUUCUCACGGAGCUGGAGGGCACCACAGACAACAUAGCCAUGCAGGCUCUGGAGCACAUCCACUCCAACGAGGUCAUCAUGAGCAUAGGACGCUCCCGCACCGUGGAGGCCUUCCUGAAGGAUGCCGCGCGCAAACGCAAAUUCCACGUCAUCGUAGCGGAGUGCGCCCCCUUCUGUCAGGGUCACGAGAUGGCCGCCAGUCUCUCCAGAGAUGGCAUCGAGACCACUGUGAUCCCAGACGCUGCCAUUUUCGCUGUGAUGUCAAGGGUUAAUAAGGUUAUCAUCGGCACACAGACUGUCUUGGCCAAUGGUGGGCUGCGUGCAGUCAACGGCACGCAUACACUAGCACUCGCCGCCAAGCACCACUCCACGCCGCUCAUCGUGUGCGCGCCCAUGUUUAAGCUCUCGCCCCAGUUUCCUAAUGAAGAGGACACAUUCCAUAAGUUUGUCUCACCACAUGAAGUUCUUCCCUUUACUGAAGGCGAGAUCCUGUCAAAGGUUAACGCUCACUGUCCAGUGUUUGACUACGUUCCUCCAGAGCUCAUCACACUCUUUAUUUCCAACAUCGGUGGAAAUGCACCAUCCUACAUCUACCGACUUAUGAGUGAACUUUACCACCCCGAAGACCAUGAGCUGUGAAUAAAUCUGGAGAAUAUCCACCUCA